AGCACUAUAUAUUUCAAGGGAGCACGAGGAUCGAGACACUUUCAAGUACUUUUCGUGGCACGUCACUCCGAAUUUGUCGAGAUUUCAAUUAGAUUAACUAAACUGGGAUCGAUAGAACAUCGAUCAUGAAGACGCGCGUGAUUUCUUCCUUUAUCGCGAGCAUAUAUAUCGUUGCUUGUACAUCCAUUUCGGCAUUACAGGUACAGAACGAUGCUAAUCAAUUACAACGAGAAAAUUACGAGCCAAUCGUGACAGACUUUCUUGUUAAAUACUUGGACGAUCGCAAACCGGGAAUAUCCAAAGCACAAAAAAUAAUCGGAAUGAACGAGCAGAGUGUUGUCAAACGAAACUUGGAUCAAAUCGGUGGUGGAAAUCUCGUACGAAGCGUACCAAACUUUAACGAAUACAAUAACGAACGUUCUUUAAGAAAUCUCGAUCAAAUUGGUGGUGGAAAUCUGGUCAGAGAUCUGAGUAACUUUAAGUUUGGUGCGAAACGUAAUUUGGAUCAGAUCGGUGGUGGAAAUCUCGUAAGAAAUUUGGAUCAUAUCGGCGGUGGAAAUCUCGUAAGAAAUUUGGAUCAAAUCGGCGGUGGAAAUCUCGUAAGAAAUUUGGAUCAAAUCGGCGGUGGAAAUCUCGUGAGAAAUUUGGAUCAAAUCGGCGGAGGAAAUCUCGUCCGUGACAUUGAACGAUUCUACGAGUGUAUACCAGAUGGACAUAAUUUGGACGGUGGCAUUGCCGGUGGUCACUUGUUACGAUCAACUCGUCGUAAUCUUGACUUUUAUCCUGCCCUUAUCUACGAGAAACAACGAUAUUUUCCUUUGAGGAAACCAGCAACGUUGAAUACACGACUCGGCGAUUAUGACGACAUUCAUCCAUUCGUUCUCGAUCGUUUAGGGAAGAGAAAUUUUGAUGAGAUUGAUGCGAACGCGUUCGACAACUUCUACAAAAGAAAUUUUGACGAGAUCGAUCGUGUAGGUUGGAGUGGGUUCGUUAAAAGAUUAACUAAUUACCUGGUCAAACAGCAGCAGUUACAACAACGGCAACAGCAACAACAACGUUAGAUCAUCAAGCUAGGCACAUUAUUGGAAUACUCUUUUAAGGUACUCCCUUUUCUCGGAGAUAUCAUAUGAUAUUAUAAUUAUUAUAAAUGAUUCAUAUCGAUAGAUAUUAACUUGACCUCAAAAUCACAAACAUAAGAAAAUAUAUAAGACGUAUCAAUAAAAAUAUCGUUAAAUAAAAAAAUGAAAUAAGAAAUCUAUGUGAAAAUAUGUGUAUAACUAAAUGUAAAUAAUGAAUCUCUCGUUUCUAUCACGUUACGAUCUUAUAUCUCCUCCUCUUUGAUAAUGUUCGAGAGGACGAAUACUCGACUGAUUAGAAAAAUAUAUUUUAUUGGUUAUUGAAAAAUAUAUAUUAAUAAUCACGUUUAAAAAGGCAUAAGUAGACAAAUUGUCAAUUGUUUUGUUUCAUCAUUAUUGAUGAUUGAAACUUCAAAUGUGAAAUAUCGUAUCACGAUAUUGUAAUUAAUUCGCGUUCUUUAUGUGUGCUUUGAAAAUAUAGUGAAAAUGUAACGCAAAUAAAAAGAUUAAA